AUGGUGAAGGCGGAGCUCAUGAAGCUUGUCGACAACGUACACGCAAGCGGGGACCGAUACCAUGUGGACUGCAUCGCUGUGGCUGCUGGUCACCUCGUUGUGCGCCUACCUCCCUACCACUGCCAGCUUAACCCCAUAGAGCUUGUUUGGGGUGACGCGAAGGGCUUCGUAGCAGCGGCAAACAAGACGUUAAAGCUUCAAGACGUUCACACUCUACUAUGGCAAGGAAUUGAGCAAGUAACCGCUGAGAAGUGGAAGAGAUGGGUGGAGCAUGUUAUCGCUCAGGAAGAAGUAAUGAGAAAACUUGACCACUUCAUCGAUGAUGUUGUUGACACUAAUGCAGCUGUCGUAAUCACCCUGGAGGACGAAACAAUGAGCAGUUCAGAUUUAGGUUGUGAUGAGGACCAUGACAUGUGA